AGGGCUUUGGGCACUGGGGUUUAGACCCUGUUAAGGCCAAGGGCUUUGGGCACUGGGGUUUAGACCCUGCUAGGGCCAAGCGCCUUUCGGCACUGGGGUUUAGACCCUGCUAAGGCCAAGGGCCUUUGGUCACUGGGGUUUAGACCCUGUUAAGGCCAAGGGCCUUUGGGCACUGGGGUUUAGACCCUGCUAGGGCCAAGGGCCUUUGGUCACUGGGGUUUAGACCCUGUUAAGGCCAAGGGCCUUUGGGCACUGGGGUUUAGACCCUGCUAAGGCCAAGGGCCUUUGGUCACUGCUGUUUCUCACUCCUUGUGAAAGGGGAAGAUGGAGUCCCGGCGGGGAGCUCGAGGGCUUUCUCAGCAGGGACCUUCCUCCAGAGCCCCUGAGGCACUGGUAGACAACAGUGACGGCAUGGCCAACUCCAUCAUCUGCACCGACAGUCCUGGGAAUAUCCUCUCAACUCUGACAUCCAGUGGUGAACAGCAUCCCUUGGAAUUGGUUCAGGAAGCUAUAGAGACCUGGGGGCGCAUGCAGCAAUAUUUUGAUCAAAUGGAGGAGAGAAGCCAGAGGAUCAGAAGGCACGUCCAGCACAUAGACUCUCUGGUAGAAGAAACCAGACGUGACCGUGCAAACUUUGAGAUGUCCAGGGAAAUGCUGCUGCAGUGCACUGGAAUCCCGGAGCCAGGAGCCUUGGGUGUCCAUCUGGAGAACACCAAGCAGAGGAAGGAAGCGUCAGCCCAGGCAGAACAGACAGAGCAGCAGGACAGAAUGGAGGUUUCCCAGGAGCAAGAGUCAUUGGGCAGGGCUCUGGAGCAGCUGCGCCAGGAAUCCUCUGGCCAAGAGCAUGAAAUGGCUCAGGUGUGCAGAGAGAAGGAGCUGCUGGGCCGUGAGAAGGCUGCCCUUGAGGGCCGACUGGCAGCCACAGAGCGCCACCAACAUGACCUUUCCAAGCAGCUGGCAGAGACCAGGUCAGCAAAGGAGAGCCUGGAAUCCAGGCUGUGUGCUGCUCAGCAGCAGAUAUCUCAGCUGGAGGUGAGCAGGGAACAUCUGAAGGCAGAGCUGCAAGCUGAGCUGCAGGCAGCUCGCAGUGAAGUCCAGACAGCGCAGAGGAGGCACGAGGAAGAGCUACAAGGCCUCAAAGAGGAAAUGAAUCUCCUCCUUGAGCAGAGGGAGGCUUUACAAAAGCAGGUGGGAGAGUUGACAUCUCAGCUGGCAGCCUCCCGAGAGUCCCAGGAAAUGACUGUCCAGAGAGCCCAGCAAGAUGUGAGGGAGGCCCAGGAAGAGUCCAGGCAGAAGCAGUUGGAGGUUGAGCACACCCAGAAGAAGCUGGAGGAGGCAAAACAACAGAACAAGGAGCUGCAAGUGCAUCUGCAGAACUUGGAGAGGAAAUGGAGUGGAUGGGAAGAAGUGGCUCAGCACAAUUCAGAAUUGCAGGCUUCUGUGCAUACUCUAGAGAAGGAAAAAGCCAGGCUGCUUGUGUCUCUGGAGGAGAAGAACCAGUGCUUCCGAAAACUGGAAGAACAGAACCUGGUGCUGAAAAAUCGUGUGUCUCGCUUAUUUUCUGCUCUUAAGCAGGCAGAGCAGCUCUGUUCUGAGCAUAGGAGACAAAUGCAGGAGCUCAACACCCAGAUGCAGGCCAUGCUGCUGGCAGAGAUAGAGAAGACAGCUCGCCAGGCAACUGAAGAGAAGCAGCUGCUGGAAACUGAGGUGUCUGAGCUGCGUGUGAGGCUCCAGAGCUCUGAGGAAAGAGCAGAGGCCAUGGCCACACAGUGUAAGGCCAUGGAGCUGGGGCUGAGGAAGACACAGGCUCAGAGGGACAAUCUCAGAGCCUACAAUCAGGAGCUGCUGAAACAGCUGGAGCACAUUGAGCAAGAUUGGUGGAAGACACAACUCAAGCGCAUUUCUCGAGAAAGUGCCCUGGAGAAAGAGGCCACUGAAAGACAGGAAGAGGCUGUGACUCUUCGUCAGGAGGUGGCAUCUCUGAAGAGGAAAUUGGAGAACCUGGAGAAGGAAAGGAAGGAUGUGCUGGUGGAACCUGAAAGGAGAAGAAUCAGAACAUUUAGGAGAGUGUUCCUCCCAGACUACAUUACAUUUCCUGUCCACAAGUCUGCCCAUAAAAAUCGGUCAGCUUUUAAAAUGGAAGAGUCCUCCAGCAGCUCAGGGGAGCAGCAGCCCUCCUGCUGAUGCACAGCCUGUGGAGAAAGGGGUGUCCCUCUGCAGGCACAGCUGGCCCAAGACCGACAGGACCACCUGGAGAGCUGUGCAGGCAGCAGGCAGGAGACAUGAGGUGCAGAAAGGACCUCCUUGCUUCCUGAAUGUCUCAGAGGAGGCAGGCUGCAGCUGGAUGCAGGCUUAGAUUUAGUCAGUAGUUUAUCUUUAAACAAUAGCAUAGAUGCAGUUGAACCUUUACACAACUCUGUUCCAUAGGAUGUAAGAUAUAUUUAUAGAAAAAUAAAGAGUUUAUUAUGAUUAUGA